AUGAGUCAAAUAUAUGUAUGGAACUCAGCCGUUAAAGCAUUAAGGAGAGAGGAGCGCAAACAAGUAUUCAGUCAUGCAACGUCAGUGACCUCUAUAGUAGCUGAUGCACCAAAAGAAAAACAGACUCGAAAAGAUAUUGUUGAUGAUCUCGUCAAGUCAUUGCUCCAAGACAAGUCUUCAAGUGAUUCAACAACUCAAACUCACACGAAAAGCGAAGAUUCCGAGAGUUAUGAAAAACACUCAAUCCCUACUUCUGUUACCAUUCCUACGCAUAUCGGAGUGUCUCCGAGCACUUCAGUCCCUCAGAGCCCUCAAAUAACAACUCCUCAUAAUGGCCGUUUUGUCCCCUUUAUUCCGGAGUUCUCGUCUUUUGAAGCUGUUAUUUUAGACAUUGCUCCAAGGGAAAUAGUUCUCUACAAUAAAGAAGUUCAGACAACUGAAAAUUCUUUUGGCCCACCACCGCCUUCUGAACAAGAAAUUCGUGCUAAAAUAUUAAAAGAACAAGAAGAAAUAGAAAGGGCACGACAAAUAGCUUUAGAAGAAGAACGCUUAAGGGCUGAAGCGGAAAAGAAGAAAGUUCAAAAACUCAAAGAUAUUUCUGAGGAGGAAAAGAGGAAGAUUGUCAACUCGGCUGAAUUUGUAGAAUUCAUAGAUUAUUCGACAAAAAUUGUGGAAAGAGCGCUUAAUGAAAAUUAUGACUUCAUGAAAGACUAUAGCAUCAUUAAUGAUGUUGAAAGUGAUGAGAAAACCGGGAAUAGAGUUAAAUAUAUGUGCUCAUUCUUCGAUGAUCAAUGGAGUAAGAAUCGUUCUGUCACAGAUGUAAACUGGUCAAAAAAAAAUCCUGAGUUGGUUGUUGCUUCAUACAACAAAAAUCCGAUUGCGAUGAAUGAACCUGACGGUGUUGUCCUAGUGUGGAGCUUACGUUUACUUGAACGCCCAGAAUUCGUAUUUCAUUCACAGUCGGACGUUCUUACGACUGCAUUCUCCGAAUUUCACCCAACUCUUGUCAUUGGAGGUACUUAUUCUGGUCAAAUAGUUCUCUGGGAUAUGCGAGCAAAGUCUUUGCCCGUUCUUAAAACUCCUCUCUCUUCUAAUGGACACACGCACCCUGUCUAUUCAAUGCAAAUGGUCGGAACUCAGAACGCUCACAAUCUCGUUACUGCAAGUACAGAUGGUUUGGUUUGUUCUUGGCAAUUGGACAUGCUUGCUCAGCCACAGGAACACUUGGAAUUAGUUCACGCAGAGCACAGCAAAACUGAUGAGGUUUCAGUCACGGCUCUUGGUUUUCCAGAUAAUGAAACUGCAGCUUUCUGGGUUGGAACUGAGGAGGGUAAUGUCUACCAAGCUAAUCGAUAUGGAAGGGCCGGAGGCAAAGCUGGUAUUAAUCCAUACGAUUUUUACAAGGGACAUUGGGGUCCAAUUACUGGCCUUCAUUUCCAUCCUUUGUUUGGGCCCGUUGACUUUUCAGACCUGUUUUUGACUUCUUCUGUAGAUUGGACUGUAAAGUUGUGGCGAGCUAAAUCAAUUUCAAAACCGUCAACUUCUACGCAAAAUGUUGCUCCGUUAUAUUCUUUCGAAGGAGCUGAUGAUUAUGUGUACGAUGUUAAGUGGUCCCCUAGUCACCCAGCGCUAUUUGCUUCGGUAGAUGGUACGGGUAAAUUCGCUUUGUGGAAUUUAAAUGUUGACGCCGAGGUACCAAUUGUGAAUACACAGGUUGGUCAAGGUAGAGCAUUGAACAAGAUUCAAUGGGAUAAAGAAGGACGUAAGACAGCUAUUGGUUCGUCAGACGGCAGAGUCCAUAUUUAUGACAUAGGAGAGUUAUCUCAACCAAGGAGUGAUGAAUGGAGCAUUAUGCAAAAAACCAUAUCAGAGAUAAUUGAUACCACAGAAAGUCAUGGUGGAAGAUAUGCACUCGCAAAAUAA